CCAUGCACGCGUUGCAUGUAGUUGUGUAUCAGUGAACUUGUUAUGAUGAGCGGCCACGACCUCUCUCCGAUCUAAGCCUAGUGAUUGUUUCUUGGUUUUUCAUUGUUAAAGUGAAGUUAAGUGCAAUGGUUCGGUUAACGGAGGAAAUGGUGAUCGCUAGAUCGAAACAGUCUGAUCUAUCAGCUAUAAAGAAACUAAACUGCUGGGGCGCCGAACUCGGUGAUGUGAGUCUUAUACGAAGGAUGCCGAACGUCGAAGUUUUGGCGCUGAGCAUCAAUAAAAUACGAACGCUGGGUGACUUCGCGGGCUGCCGACGUCUCCGAGAGCUCUACGUGCGGAAGAACGAGAUACGUGAUCUGGCCGAGAUACGACAUCUUCGACACCUUCCCGACUUGACCAGUCUCUGGUUGGACGAGAACCCGUGUACUUUACACCCGGAGUAUCGAAUGACGGUGUUGAGGAAUCUUCCGAAUCUCGAAAAGUUGGACAAUGUCGUCGUUCAAGCUGAUGAAGUGCAAGAGGCGAUGCGACGCGGCGUCCACAUUCCAGACUCUGACGAUGAAGGAUACCCCCAGCAGCAAGAAUCAUACGGUCAGUACCGCAGACAGCGGUCUUGCGAGUCGAGCCCCGAGCGCGAGCCCGAGCUGUACUACGCGCGGUCCGCGGCGCCGCCCGCGCCCGCGCACCCCGCGCACGCCGCGCACGCGCACCGACACGAGUGGGCGCAGGGAAGGGACAGUCCGGCGGAGCCCGAGCCCGCGACCGAGCCCCCGCGCUCUCCGCCCACUCAGCAGUGCCCCGCGUCGCCGGCGCGCCGCGCGUCGCCCGACGCCGACGAGCGCUACGACCACCCCGCCAUGACCACCUCGCAGUACGAGCCGCGCGGCGGGCCGCGCUCGCCGGACGCGGCCGCGCUCCGCCACUCCGUGUCGGCGCACAGCGUCAAGGAGUACUCGUAUCCCACGAACGGCGAGUGGCGACACAGCGGGAACGCGCUCACUUCGCCGCACGAACACGGCUCCGAUAGAGACAGAAGCGAAACUUACUCGGUGCGCGGUGACUGGGAGAGGGAGCGAGACAGGGAUAGGGACAGGGAGAGUGUGCGGGAGAGGGACAGAGAGUACCCGUCCGCGGUCAUGGCGGAGCACCGCGGCUUCACGAGGAGGCCGGUCGCGAGGAACUCAAACCUCCUGUCUGCCGUCCUGUGUCUGGUCAAAGAACUGGACUACCCGAGCCUCGAGGUCGCCGAGAUGGCGGUGCGAUGUCGCAUGGACGAGCUUGCGAACAGCCAGUGACCCAACGCUGAAGCCGAAAACUGACCGGCGAGCAAUUUUCGAUCUUAAGUCACACACAAUAGAGCCGAUGCGUCUGCUCGUUACGGGAAAUUGAGCUUUUAGUGCAGGCCUAUAUGCAGUCGUUAAGGACUAAUGUUGUGUGUGAUCAAGGAAUAUGAACCUUAAGUGCGACCAGUAAAGUCUAAAUUUGAUUAAAGCUUACUAAUAUGUUACGCGAAUACCUUUUUUUUUCGUUGUAUAAUAACUAACAGAUCUUUCAAAGGAUAUUGAUACUUAUUUCUAUGUAAUAAAGGUGGUUAUCGCAUAACUAUAUAGAUACGAUUUAUAUGUAAAAAAGAAUGAAUUUUGCGUGCAAUAAAUGAUGUUCAGGCGAUAGAGGGUCUUAUACGUAUUGAUAUAAAGGCGUUAUUGGCAUGAAGGCUGUUGGUGGUUCCCGAUUGGAUGUUACGUUUGUGUGAUUAUCGUUCGAUGUAUGAAUUGUUGGCGAUAUGUUGGCGUCGAUUUUAACAAAUGUUUGGUAUUGGCUAUUGGUCACGAGGUUGGAUCAAUUUAUGUAUAAAAAUACGAUAAAUUAACUAUUUAUAUAUUAGAAGUGUUAGCUUUCUUAAUUAAAUUAGGCUUACUAGCGUAUACACGCGGCUUUGUCUGCUAUUAUAAUUGAAUUAUUUUAUCCCUAUUCCAUCCAAAUAUAUUUUUUUUAAUAUAAUCUUAUUGAAGUCCGGCUGCUGAGAAAAUUAAUACUUUUUUUAGGACGUACUUAGUACUAAGUGCCCUUCCAACUUUGUAUUUAUAUAACUAACCUAACCUGUCCCAUAGAAUAAAUUACACCU